UGUAACUUAAAGUUGUUGUAGCAAUUUGCAUUUGGUGUAGAUUAUAUCAAAAGCAGAGCUGCUGAAAAUUCUCGUAGUGAAAAAAAAUAUAAAUAAAAAAUAUAUAGUAAAUACAUGGUAUAAUUGAAGUACUUACAACCACAAACAAUGCCACCCCCUAGACCUCCUAUAAAUGCCAAGAAGGCUAGGCUAUACAACAGUAGGAACAUAAGGACUCAUACUACAGAUGCUAGUCUUGUUGACAAGGACAAGCUUAAUGUUCCAGACUUUUUAAAUGCCAGAGAAUUUGAAAUAAAAUCAUUUGAAUUAGCCCAAUUAAAUUCCAAAUAUGCAUCAUCCAAUAGAGCUUUCCAAAGCUUACCUCGUGUUCUAAGAAGGAGGGCUGCUUCUCAUAAUGUCAAACGUAUACCGAAGAGAUUAAGAGCAAAAGCAAUUCGAGAAAUGAAAUCAUCAAUGACUGGUACACCUACUGUAAUAAAGAAAAAGCAUUCAAGAGGACGUGAAUUAUAUCGUUUAACCAUGUCACGAAAGUUAUUGAAUUUAGGAAGUAAACUUAAAUUGCUUAAGGGUGUUCCUGAUAAAGAAGUUUAUGGAAAGAAAUUAAAUUUACGAUCCAAGAUCAAAGCAUUAAGUAAACAAAUCAGAGCAUUGAAACAAUUAGAUACUGAAGUUAAAUCAAAGUUAAACAAUAUAGUUGGAUCUUAUGAUAAUACUGGUAUAAAUGACUAUGCUCUGCGUCCAACUGGGAAUAUCAAAUAUUAUAAAAGACAACGACAAUUCGUAUGGUUGCCGACUCAUAUUUGGCAUGCAAAGAGAUUUCAUAUGAUUAAACAACAUGGAUUCCAAAUACCGUUAUCACCUACUCAGAAAUGUUUUAAAAUGAUGAGUAGACAAAGUAAGAAUGAUUCUAUCUUAUUUGAUACGUCUUAUUAUACUAGUCUUAUAAUAGAGUUGGAGAAUGAUGAGGAUUAUGAAUCGUUUUUACUCAAUAUUACCAAAUUUUCAAAAUCAAUUCCAGAGAAAUUCUUGAAUGGUGAAAGAAGUUACAAUGAUUGGAUAUAUUUAGAUGGUCAGAAGAUAGGUAAGGUUCUUAUAUUCUCUCAUAUUCAAUCUCAUAAGAUAUUGAUAAGAUGUUUCCCAUCGAUAUAUAAAGAUAUCUUUGACUACUGUAAAAAUGCAAUCUCAAACUAUACACCCUCGGCAAUCCAUGAUUGUCAAUAUUCAUUAGGAAGUUUGGAUUUAAUUGGUCCAUUAUCACUUCUUUCACUUAGUAAAGUGUUACAUUUGGUAGACAAAGAUUCUAGUAUAAAGAAAGCAUGGUCAAAAUUAUCUACUGUAAGAGAUUCCAAAGCUAUUCCUAUUGGAUUUAAUAUAAGUUUUGAUAUUAUGGAUUCAAGAUUAUGGAAACAACCUAUGAAAAUUAAACCUUCAAGUGAUACUAAUGAAUAUUUUGAUUUCGUAUCAUCCCUUAGUACUUCAAAAUUAGUUGAUUCAACAACCAUUGAGAAUCUUUUAACUCCUGAAGGAAGAACUAAAUCUUAUGAAAAUCAAAUGUCAAUCAAAGAAAUAGAUAGAGAAUUUACAAAAAUAGCAACCAGAGAAAACAGUUUAAUCGAUACAGAUAUUCAACAUAGAUCAAUUACUCCAAUUUUAAUCUCAAAGAUUGGUCCUCUGUCGUGGACUUUAAUAGCUCCAUGGUUUUGGAUAUUACCAAUUUGGCUGAAAUUAGUAAGGGUAUCACAAAUCAAACCAGGUGGAAUAAGACAGAUCAGACAGUAUAACUUUGAACGUGGAUGUGCUAAUUUCCCUAAUGAUUAUCCAUGGUUACGCGAUGGAUGGAAUUAUAAUGAAGCCUUGGGGGAAAUUAAACAAAAGAAGUAUACAAAGCUUCCUAAACGUCUUGUCAAUGAUAAACGACCAGAUUAUAAAGAUAUAGAUAUUAUUAGUCCAUUCAAAUGUGAUUGGAACUUUCUUAGAAAUAUAACCUUCUUAGCCAAACUUGCUGGAAAAGAUCUCAAUCAAUUAGAGAUAAAUCCAAAGUUUGCAAUUUAUGAAGAUGGUAAUCCAAUUAGAGAGUUAAAUUCGACUCAUGAUUUAAAAAGACAAUGUCAUGAAUUAAAAAGUUUGGCACUAGAAGGUAUUAGGAAGUCAGUUAUUCCUAUAGAAAUCUUCAAUAAGAAAAAUGAAUUUCAAAAUAAGUUAAUUAGUGGAGAUUAUACCGUUCCGAGAGCACUGGAAAUUAGAUUUUCACGUCUUCCAGUUAUUCAAAUCUCACUAGAAUUAAUCAAAAAUGGGAAGUUACAUGAUGGAGCUAGAAUUUAUCUUUCAAAAGUUGAACCUGAUGAUGAUGUUUCCAUAAUUGGGUUCGUUACUAGUGGAGCUUAUAAUAUAAAUUUAGGAAUUGCGUCUGGUAUAGGUUUAGUAAGAGCUGAUAUCUUAAAGGAUUCUACUAUUACCACACUCUAUGUCCGUAACAUUGGUCAAACCUCAAUCUACGAAGCUAAAAUUACCACCAUUCAUAAUUAAUCUCAACUGUAUAUAUAGAUAUUUAUAGAUCACCAUUCAAAUUUGCAACAAUUUAAUAAAUAAUCCGGGUAAUAUUACACACAAAAUAUUUUGUUACCCGCACUUCCACAUUUUUUUUACAGCACUAUAAAUUAAACUUGAGAUCGUUCAGAAAUUUUUAAAUUUCUCUUUUAGUCUUUUCCUCUUCAUACUUACCUAGAGAUGUUAUAGGAGAUCAAGAAGUCCUAUAAUCGGGAUUUGUUAGAGGCAUUGCACAGGGCCAUGACAUAUUACGCCAGCUCUUCUAUCGUCUGCUUACUGUCUCUCUGAGAUGGUGGUGGAUUGAGGAGCGUGGAUCUUUCAAUUUUUGAUUUCUUUUCUUUAUAUAUCACUGAAAAGUGAUACGUUUCAAUUGGUGAUGAAUAUGAACAUUUCAAUUCAUUACUACAACCUUUUAAGUUUGUUCAAGUC